UCUCAGGGGCUUCAAAGGUUAAUUCACAUCUCUUCGGUUGAGGCAGGUCCUCUGAGAAACGUCAGCCUAUCAGAUUGUCUGUUUUUUUUAAUUCACGUUUCAAGAUUGCCAGUCCACAUCUCUCUCUUUUUUUUUUUUCCAGGAAGACCUUGAGAGGUAGGUCACAGCCUGCAAGCACCUUAGCAGCAGCGUUGAUGGGCUUCAAGGCGGAUGUCAUCUGAGGUUGCAUUGUGGAUCUGAUGCCCAGACUUUGGUCCAGUGACCUAGACAAGCCGGUGCUCAGUUCCUUCUGGCUUUCCCGGAUGCUGAUUCUGGAGCUGUGGUGAGGAUGUUGUCCCUGGAGAAGAAUCAGCUGAUGGGCAGGUCACAUCAGAAACCUGAGGAGCUCUGGUGAUCGGGUCUUGAGGUCCCCCACCUUGCAACCUUUGGGCUGAGAGGAACAUGUCCUUGUAGUCAUGUCCAGGAAUUCCUACCCGAAAAACGGGAUAUCAGAGGCUCUGCACACUCCCAUCUUCCAGGUAUCCAGAGGGACGUCAUCCAGAAGAAGUAGAUUGAAGAGAUCCGAUGGGAGUACUACUUCCACCAGCUUCAUCCUCAGACAGGGCUCAGCAGAUUCUUACACAAGCAGACCAUCAGAUUCUGAUGUAUCUCUGGAAGAGGACAGAGAAGCAAUACGCCAAGAGAGAGAACAGCAAGCCGCAGUACAACUUGAGAGAGCCAAAACCAAGCCGGUGGCAUUUGCUGUAAAGACGAAUGUGAGCUACUGCGGCGCUCUGGACGAAGAUGUCCCCGUACCAGGCACUGCCAUCUCCUUUGAUGCCAAGGACUUUUUACACAUUAAAGAGAAAUACAACAAUGACUGGUGGAUCGGGCGGUUGGUUAAAGAAGGCUGUGACGUCGGCUUCAUUCCAAGUCCUCUGAGGCUGGAGAAUAUACGAAUACAGCAAGAACAGAAGAGGGGGCGAUUUCAUGGAGGUAAAUCAAGUGGCACGUCUUCAUCAAGUCUCGGGGAAAUGGUAUCGGGUACGUUUCGAGCAACCCCUCCAUCUGCUGCCAAACAGAAGCAAAAAGUGACCGAGCAUAUUCCGCCUUAUGAUGUUGUGCCAUCUAUGAGACCGGUAGUAUUAGUUGGGCCAUCACUUAAAGGAUAUGAGGUGACGGACAUGAUGCAGAAAGCCCUCUUUGACUUCCUGAAGCACAGGUUUGAUGGGAGGAUAUCCAUCACAAGGGUGACAGCUGACAUUUCUCUUGCCAAGAGAUCCGUGCUGAAUAAUCCAACCAGGAGGGCUAUAAUCGAACGCUCCAAUACCAGAUCCAGUUUAGCUGAAGUGCAAAGUGAAAUAGAAAGAAUAUUUGAGUUGGCUCGUUCAUUACAGCUUGUUAUUCUAGAUGCGGACACCAUUAAUCAUCCGGCACAACUAAUCAAGACUUCAUUAGCACCGAUAAUUGUUCACGUCAAAGUGUCUUCACCAAAGGUUUUGCAGCGGCUUAUUAAAUCUAGAGGAAAAUCCCAAAGCAAACACCUAAAUGUACAGUUAGUAGCUGCUGACAAACUUGCACAGUGCCCACCAGAAAUGUUUGAUGUGAUUUUGGAUGAGAAUCAGCUAGAAGAUGCCUGUGAACACUUAGCAGAAUACCUAGAAGCCUACUGGCGAGCCACCCAUACCACAAGCAGUACUCCCAUGACUCCCCUUCUGGGAAGAAAUCUAGGAUCUACUGCGCUUACAUCAAUACAGAGUCAGCGCAUGAGGCACACAAACCAUUCGACUGAAAAUUCCCCGAUCGAAAGACGAAGUUUAAUGACUUCGGAUGAAAAUUACCACAGCGAAAGAGCCCGGAAAAGCAGAAACCGCUUGUCUUCCAGUUCCCAGCAUAGUCGUGACCAUUAUCCUCUUGUGGAAGAAGAAUUCUCUGACUCCUACCAGGACACUUAUAAACCUCACCGGAACCGCGGCUCUCCUGGAGGAUAUAGCCAUGAUUCCAGGCACAGGCUUUGA